AUGAUUAAGCAUGGUCGGCAGGAUAAUAAUGAGCUAACCGACAUGGGAGGCGUCGAGCAGAGAGCGCACGGCGCCGCGUCGUGGCUCCAGGCCGCCGCGGUGAAACUGGAGCGCGCGUGUGACAUGCCGGGGCUGGACGUGACCACGCCGCUGGCGACCGUGCCGCUGGCAAACCCGACGCCGAUGCCGGAGGCGACCGUGGCGCCGACGCUGGCGCAUCCGGCGGCCGCGGCUGGCGCGGGGAGUUGGUGCGUGGCGAGCCCGAGCGCGGGCGCGGCGGCGCUGGACUACGCGUGCGGGCAGGGCGCGGACUGCUCACCCAUCCAGCCCGGCGGGAGCUGCGCCGACCCGGACACCGUGCGCGACCACGCCUCCUACGCCUUCAACUCUUUUUUUUCGAAAAGGACCAACCCCGUCCAGACCAGCUGCGACUUCGCCGGCGCCGCCAUCCUCACCAGCACCGAUCCCAGCACCACCUCCUGCAAGUACCCAUCCACCAGCACCGGUGCAUCCAUCCUGAACACGACGAAUCCGGUGACCCCGGUGGCCCCGAUGUUCGGAUCCCCUCCCGGGGGCUCCUACAACUCCCCUCCUGGUCCUGGCGGCUACUACAACUCCCCUCCUCUCUACGGGUCCAUGUCGCCUCCGGACUACGGCGGCAGCAUCAGCUCCGCCACGGCGAUGAUGCCGGGCAGCAAGAGCACGACGGCCGUCACAACGUCGCUGACGUGCCUCCUCGUCACGACGAUGUCCCUCGGCCUGCACAAGUAAGAAGCGAAGUUCACAUGCUUUUUACUCGCGCGCAAGUGCACUUGGAGGCCAGAAUGAACCGAAGAGGAUUCAGAUGAACAGGCACCAAUUACAUCCAGAAAACAGGGGAGGCGCCAUGACAGAAGCAGAGUAGCAAAUGGGCAAU